CUCCCUGAGUGACUCAGCUCCCAGGGAGAAGCCUCUAAAGUGUUCGUAAAUACAGUCAGGUAGAGGCUGAACCGCACGGCGCUAACGCCAGGCUUCUGUUUGUUUCAUUUGGAUCCCCCUGAGGAAUCACUACAGCCUGGUUAGUUUGGGGUUUCUGCCCAACAGAGAGCCGUACUGGAAGGUAGGAUGUCCACCAAUUUGCCCUUGAGAAAAAAGACUUCCACAGGAAAUGAUAUGAAGAGCACCACUCGCAGAACUGUGCUGAAGCAAGAAGCUUCUCAUGACCUGAACAAAAGAAGGACUUUCUUACAGGAUAACAGCUGGAUCAAGAAACGUCCUGAAGAAGAAAAAGAUGAAAAUUAUGGGAAGGUGGUGCUGAACAGGCAUAACUCCCAUGAUGCCUUGCACAGGAAAAUAAAUGAUAAAGAUGAACCAAAAGCCGUGAUUAGUCGGUACAGAUCAGAUGACACUCUGGACAGGAUCUCAGACAGAAAUGAUGCUGCUAACACAUCUAAAGCCAAUACCUUGGAUAACCGACUAACCAAUAGAAGCAUAUCCACGUUUAGAUCAUCGGAUGCAACCAAGUCGCAACCUGGCAGUUUGCUGAGUGUAAACACCUCCCACGCCACAGGUCUCACCCGUGCUGCCAGUCCUGUGAAGAAAAAGAGACAGUCCUGGUUUCCACCACCCCCUCCGGGUCACAGCACCACCCCGAGCACAGAAGCCAGCAGAAGGAACCCAACUGUUCACCCUCCAAUACCACCAAAGCCCAGUUCUCCUGUUGCUUCUCCAAAGCAGCUGAGACAGGAGAAUAGGCAGAUAUCUCCACCUAAACUUGGUAUAUCCACAGAAACCAAACGCUCUACUGAAAGAAGCAUAAGGACUCAGGAUCUUGAUGACAUCAUCAAGGUGGCAACCUCACUUCAGAAAACUAACAAGGGUAAAGAAUUGGAUAAUAUCAUCAAAAUGAACAAAAGCCUGAACAGAAAUCAAGGACUUGAUGGUCUCUUCAGAGCAAAUCGGAAGGCAGAACAAACAGAAAAAAGAGCCAAAAGUCUUGAAAGUCUCAUCCAUGUGAAUACCCAGAUGGACAAAGAUGGCAAAGAAAGCCGAGACCUUGAAUCUAUCACCAAAGAGGAUACCAGGACAGAUGGAACCAGAAGAGGAAAACAAGGUUUUGCUGAGCUUGUUAGAGUAAAUCCUGAAACAAAUAAAAACAUCAAAAGCAGCCAAAGCCUUGGAAAUCUGAUCGAAGUGAGUCCUCAAGGAAACAGGAAUAGACAAGGGGGCCAAAGUCUUGACUGUCUAAUCAAAGUAGUUCCUGAAAUGAACCAAGGGGACCAAGAUCUGGAUAAUCUUAUCAAAGUGAGCACCUCAGCAAACAAAAGCAGUGAACAAAGUCUUGAUGAAUUUAUUAAUGUAAACACCAAAGCUGUCAAAAAUACUGCUGGUAACGAAGAUUUUGAUAAGCAAACCACAGUGAAUGUGAAAAUUAUCACCAACAAUCAAAGAAACCGAGAUCUGGAUAACCUCAUCAAAGUGAAUCCCUCAGUAACCAGAAGCAAUCAGAGCCUAGACUUGGACAAUCUUGUUCAGGUGAAACCUUCAGCUCUCAGAAAUGUUAAUCGAUAUCAGGACCCAGAAAAUUUAACUGAAGUAAAUUCUCAUAUGUCUGAAAAUAAGAAUGAAAGCUCCAGUACUGGAACCAGAUACGUAAGACCAAAGGACACUGUUAUGUACACAAGGACAUAUAUAGAGAACAGUGAGUUACCAAAGGAUGGGUAUCAGAAUAGCUCUGGAAAGUAUAUACAAACUGUUUACUCAACUUCAGAUAGGUCUGUCAUUGAAAGAGAUAUGUGCACUUAUUGUCGAAAACCCUUGGGUGUGGAAACUAAAAUGAUUUUAGAUGAAUUACAAAUUUGCUGUCAUUCCACUUGCUUUAAGUGUGAAAUAUGCAAACAGCCUUUGGAAAAUCUGAAAGCAGGUGACAGUAUUUGGAUUUAUAGACAAACAAUACACUGUGAACCUUGCUACUCUAAAGUUAUGGCAAAGUGGAUUCAGUAAUGCUGGCACAUGGAAAUCAAGAUGAAAAGCAUGAAAGAAUUAAAAGUUACAAGUUUUAAAAACAUGUAGUGUAGAAAAGCUCUUACAUUGAAGAUCAACAUUUAUAUAAAAUUAUAAUAAUUCUGAUAUUGCAUAAAUAAUCUAAUUACUUUCAUUAAGGUUAUAUAGAUGAAAAGAGCCAUAUGGCACCUGGCUAGAUUAGUGAUAAGAAACUCACAGGGUUCUAGUUACUAACAUCAAAGAAAUAAUUUAUUUGCUGAUGGUGAACACUGUCAGCCAUAGCCCGAUCCAUCCCUGGCUCUACAUCAUGGUUCCUAUUAUAGCAAAGCUGCUUAUUUUUCUCACCUUCAUUCUUCUAAGAGUUUGGGUUCUGACGCAUUGUUGACAUCCUAACAAAGAUACUAAAGGAAGCAAGAUAUGCUUGUUUUUUCCUCAAAGGAAAUUUUGUUACAAAUUUUCCUACAAACUUCAGCACAAAGAUGUCAACAUAAAAAGUUGUAUGUGUCUCAGAAAAUCUCUUAAGCUUUCUGUACCUCCAUGACAUUACUUGUAUCAUGGGAGACACUGGAUAAAAUGUUUUCUACUUAUUACUUCCCCAGUUCUCUUUUUCUGAAGCAACUUUGAGUUUGCUCACUAAAAACAUAUCAUUAUACGUGUUUGUUAAGCUUAUUGACUGAAGAAAACACAUAAACAAUUUGACUUAGUGUCGUCCUUUAGUUUAUCACAGCCAUAAUUUAUAUGUACUGUAUUUUUAAAAAAAGAUAUAGAUUUAUUGGGCAUAGGUAAACUAAUGUGACAUGUGUAGUUUAUAUAUUAUAAUUUGUUGUUUCUCUUGCAUAAAUUUCAGAAAUCUGGGUAUACAAAUAAUGUAUAAGAAAGAAUGGUUAUGGAUUAUAGAGACAUAUUACAUGUACUCAUAUUACAGAGCACUUUAUAUUUACAGAAGUCUUAUACAAAUAAAGUGAAUUAACUGUUACACAGAA